UGCCAAAUAGAUUCAAUAAAGAUUUACUUUGUUUUUUUACCUUUCUUUUACUCACUCACUCUCUGUCUCUUUCUCUCCCUGUGAAUGAACAGCUGAGGAUAAAUUGUUCUUUUGUCAAACUGUUUUAGAAACGUUAAUAUGAUUAAAUCUUAUUUAACUGGAAACUCGGACAAUAAAUCAACAGAUGAACGUCAAGAUGAUUUGGAAGACAAAGGAUUUAAAGCAAUCUGUGAUGACAGAGAAGAUUUAAAGUAUGGAUCUGCAGGUUGUUCUCACGUGGAAGCUUUUAAAGCGACUAAACAUGGAUUAAAAAAUUUUACCCUCAUUUUUUCCAAUUUUGUGGUUGCCAUUUCGGUGGAAGCCAAGAAACGUAAAUCUCAAGCCAUGAUUUGUUUUAAUUGUGGCCCUCAAAAAUAUCCUACACGGUUACACGCUUGUUUAGAGUGCAUCUAUUUUGGUUGUUAUCAACACAAACACAUCCAUGAGCAUGCCAAAACAACCAAGCAUAAUUUAGCAAUUGACAUUACUUGGGGAUAUGUUUACUGUUAUCCUUGCCGUGAUUAUGUUUAUGAUAGUGAAUUAGAAAGAAUUGGAAAAAGAAAAAAAUGGAAAGCAAACAAACUUAUGGGAACUGCCUUUGCACAGUAUUACACAUGGGAGCCGACUUUACAUGAGCUUGAAAUAUUGAAACAAAACUCUCAACGAAGACGAAUUUCGGAUAAUUCUUACAUAGGUUUACGUGGUUUGAUAAAUCUAGGAAAUACCUGUUUCAUGAAUUGUAUUGUCCAAGCUCUCACUCACACACCGUUACUUAGAGAUUAUUUUCUUUCAGACAAACAUAUUUGCCAAUUUCGAGAUGAUCCAUCCAUGUGUUUGGUCUGUGAAAUGUCAAGACUUUUUCAAGAAUUUUACUCAGGAAAAAGUACUCCUCACAUUCCUUUUAAAUUAUUACAUCUUGUAUGGACUCAUGCUCGUCAUCUGGCGGGUUACGAACAGCAGGAUGCGCAUGAGUUUUUCAUUGCCACUCUAGAUGUUCUCCAUCGUCACUGUAAAGGCUCAAACGGACCGUCAAAUAGUAAUCCUCAUCAUUGUACAUGUAUUAUAGAUCAGAUAUUCACGGGUAAUUUACAAUCCGAUGUUGUUUGUCAAUACUGCAAAGGAGUUUCAACAACUAUCGACCCUUUUUGGGACAUAUCAUUGGACUUAGGACCUAGUUUACACAUGAGACAGCAACUUGCUGCUUCAUCAACUACUCAAACUUACUGUGACGAAUCUGAACCCAAAUCCUUGCUUGACUGCCUUGAACGGUUUACCCGUCCUGAACACUUAGGAAGCUCAGCAAAAAUAAAAUGCAGUACGUGCCAAAUCAACCAAGAAUCAACUAAACAAUUAUCCAUGAAAAAAUUGCCUAUAGUUGCAAGUUUCCAUCUAAAGCGUUUUGAACAUUCGAAUCGAUUCCACAAGAAGAUCUCAACUUUUAUAUCGUUUCCUCAGUAUCUUGAUAUGAGUCCUUUCAUGGCUUCACGACGAGGUUGUAAACCUACAAUUGAUCCACCUUCUCCUUCAUAUGCAAAUGGCUCACAACUUAAUGAAAACAAGUAUUGCCUUUUCGCUGUGGUUAAUCACAGUGGAACUAUUGAGACUGGCCAUUACACUGCCUAUGUUCGUCAACAUAAAGACCAAUGGUUUAAAUGUGAUGAUCACAUUAUAACACGAGCCAGUGUUCAAGACGUCCUUGAUAGUGAAGGGUAUUUACUCUUCUAUCACAAAGAAUUUCUAGAAUACGAAUGAGACUAACUUUAAUUUAUUCAAAUUGUGAUGGUCAUGAUAAUCUUCAUUGGCUUGAUAAUAGCCCAGCAAUGAUUAAAUCAUUCUCUUUCCGAUAACUACCCCCAUCCAGAAUUGGAUGGAUCGAUCAGGCAAUCAGACAAAAUUGUUACUUUAAAGACAAAUGAUUGGAUUGAAGUACAAGAAUCUCCAUAUACAUGCCAUUGCUAACAAAACACAAUCGACAAUGUAACGGAAAACACUAGAUUCGUUCUUUUCUCGAGUAGAAAGAACACCAUUAACUGUAUAAUAUGGGUAUUUCAAUGAAUGAAUCAUUAUUUUGGAGAAACACCGAA